UGGCAAUGGAUAAUUCAAACAAUAAUGAGUCACGGCGGAUUCCCCACGCUCUGCUGAGUUGAGCCAAGUGAGUAAGAGCGCCACUGUCUCAGUAUUAUUGAAUUUGAUUCAUGUCUACUUUGACGCAAGUACCAAGUUCUACACAACGGCGAACGGGGUGGCCCGGUGCUGUCAAACAGGUCGUCGGGUUUUCCUGCCGUUUUUACGUUCCAAACAAAAUAUAAAAAAUGUCCAGCGUUCUUUAUUCAGAUUGUUUCGUAUAAACGAGAUCUCCGUUGGAAAAAUAUGGAGGACCUUUUACUGCAAAUAAUCAACGAAUGUUCCAACAAGCUCGCCAGCUUGAAAAGUUCGGCUCAGCUCGCAUACGAUUUGCUUCAGUCGCAGCAGAGCCUUUUGCGUGACCCGGCCCACGAGUUGAGAGCGAAAUGCUUCAACGUCUUCCAAAUGGCUCUGGAGACGAAAAAGAGCAAGUUCGUCUCUUACGCACUCUCAGGCUUUCACCGUAUAUUGAGAGAUGACAGAUUCCAAACGAACUUUGAACCGGAGGACGAUUCUUUGUGGCUGCCAGCACAAUUUCUCCAUGCAGUUUCUUCCAUUUUAUCCCAAUCUGAUGACACUCAAGUUGACAUAUUGAAAGUCCUUUUGAACAUAGCCUGUUCGUCGUACUGGACUGUAAAUGGACGAAUUAUCAUACAAAUGCUGGCGGUUUGUUGCGAAGUUUAUGAAUAUGGAACCGAAGCAGUCAAAACCGCCUCUCAAGCAGCUGCUAAUCAAACGUUACGUUCAUUCUGUCACCUACUUGAUGUCGAGUCUCUUGAGGCAAAAGACAAUAAGAUGCACGAAGUCGGAAGUGGUGGAAUUGAUUGUUUCAAUGAGCUAAUCCCUAUUUUACAAUAUCUAUGCAGUAAAUUAGACGAAGCUCAAAAUGGGCAGAAUGCACCGGUUCUACUUCUCCUUGAAGGUUUGCACACGGUCGUUUCUAGCCUCCCACAAAGGAUUCACAGCAACUCGCAUUUUACAAAGUUUUUAUGGCAAAAACUAUGCCCGGUUCUUAUCGGUUUAAUGGCACCACCGAGAAACAAUAAUAUAACAUUUACAAGGGUUCAACCUGUUGAUGUACUACCCCAGCAUAAAAUAAUUUAUAGCAUCGCAGGACAGCUUGUGCGAUUAGUCGGGUGUGUCGGAUCUCUACGGCCUGUUCUUGAAUCCGUUUACCAUCGAAUGCUCUUGUAUCCGAAGACAAAUCACAGACUGGAUUCAUUGAAAGCAUUAACUGAGCUGCUGAGGAGUCCAAGUAGGUUGGUGGAUUUUGCAGGACCUCUUCUUGUAAAAGAUGACAAAGGGUGUCAGCAAAGUGAUAUGGCUUUAACAAGAUUAGUAAUGGAUUCUUUACAAGAAUGCAGUGAAAGUAAGGACGCAUUGCUUAUAACUGUAACUGUAUCCUGUGUAGAAACUUUACUAUCGACUCUUCUUGUAAUAUCAAAUGGCCAGGCCAUAAAUCACGUUUAUGUUUCUAAAAUUAACUCUCUCUAUCCCAAUUUGGCAUCUUGCGAUUAUAAAGGGCCUUUAACGUAUCAGACGCUUUGCAGACUUCCAAAAGUUUACAGGGAUUCGGUCGGAGUCACUGAUAAGUCAAAUUUAGAAGAAGGAGAGAGAGAGGAGGGCGACGGGACAAGCGAAGACAGCAGUGAGUGUUCCAACGACACUGACGAUGCUCCAAACCUGUCUGAUGCAGAGGAAAAUGAGAUUUCACCAAAAAUUGGCUUUCCCGAAUAUCUUGGUACAGUACAAAAAGAAAAGGUAUAUUCAAAGGAGAGAGGGGAUUGCGACAGAGACAACGCUAGACAUUUUAUAGAGACUCUGAGGGAAUUUUUACCAACUUUGCUUCCGCUUAAGUAUUCAAUUGAAAUAGAUGACGCUAUUCAAAAAUUUGCAUCAAACUACUGUCAAGGAUGUUACUACAAAAAAGUCAAAAAUACUGACUUGGAAUCGGCAAUAGUCAAUGCUAACGGUAUUUAUCUAGCUACAUAUUCAGCACUGUCCUUAAAUCUCAAACUGAUCAAUGUCGGCUAUUAUAAUCAUACUUCUGAUGAUAUUCCCAUGACUGAGGAACAAUUUGUGAGCGAAGUUGAAGAAAUUGGAGUUUUGGUUUACUUAUCGUCACGAUGGUUGUGCGAAGUAUACCAGCAAAUCUUAUGUACUGAUUUAUUAACAAGCGCUGGGUGUGAAACAAAUAUAUCCAUUUUUAACUUAUUAUCAGAUUUAGGCGGAAUUUAUUUUGAGAGCGAAGUGCUUUCUAAUUGCGCUAAAUUAGAAAAGGCGGCUUCAAGACAACACAUUACACCGGAAAACCAAGCAGGUCUAAAACUCGCUAGAAGGAUUUUAACAUGUUGUUGGGACUCGGUUUUAUCAAUAUUAACGAUAGGAGUGAAAGGAGACCAGACGACAGUUCCCUUGAGUUUACAAGCUCUCCACAAUGCUGCACUUCUUUGCAAUUCGACUGGAUUGCAGAGAAAGAGUGGAGUUGUUUUCUCGCUUCUAAGCAAUGCUUGCUGCAAUACAAACGACGACAAGCCUACCCUGCAAGCAAGUCAUGCUUUAAGCCUUGAUCUUCUACUCAGCAGGGCUUUGGAACUCGCAAGCCACGCGCCACAAUCUUGGCCACACGUUUUAAAAUGCUGUCUACAUGUUAACAGACUAGAACAUAUGAUAACUUACACACAGCCGAUAAAAACGACACCAAAACUAACCGGAAAAAAUCUGGAUAAUCAAGAAAACAUUUCAGUUAUGGAAAGCGAUGUGGCAUCAUUGGUCGGAGAUAUUUCUGGCGUAUCUACUCUUCCUCCUGCCACGUCAGUGAAAGUAGUGUGUGUUUUGUCUCAACAUAUAGACAGGCUUUUUGAGGAUGCAGCUGUAAAACUCAAACUCAACUCACUGCUGAGUUUUUGUGCUGCUGUUUGUUCAGCCUCAGAGAGGCAGCUAAGGUCGAGUUCAAACAUAAAGGAAGGAAGUAAGCUUAGCUGGUGGGGAAUCGUAAAAGGAAAUUCUUCAACACCACCUCCUCCACUUCUUCUAAGUAGGCUGGCGCAGUUGUUAAUAAAAGCAGCGAGAUCAGGAAGACCGUUGAUUCAUAUUAUGAAAUUGUGGUCCGCUAUCGGGCCUCAUCUCAUGCAUGCCUCUUGCCAUAAGGAUCCGACAAUUUCUAAGCUUGCCGUUACAUGCAUUCAUGAUGUUAUGAUUACCUUGCUUAAUGAAAAUUCCGAGUUGGAACAUUUUCAUUUCAACGAAGCGUUAUUCAAACCAUUUGAAAACUUACUUUGCUUAGAGCUGUGCGACACCGACAUACAAGAUCAAGUAGUCAACUGCAUUUGCGAAUUUGUUGAGGGCAGCCAAGCCGAAAUCAGAUCAGGCUGGAGACCACUGUUCAGAGCGCUUGGCGGUGUCAGCACAACGAACCACGUCAAUUCUUUAUUAGAAGUUUUCCAAGUGUUCUUAAAUACAGAUAACCCUUUGGUAUUUGCAAAUGCAGCAAUGGACUUCAUAUUAUGUUUGGUAAAACAUGUGAGGGGAAAUGGCAUUGAAGAAGACCUAGAAGGUGGUGAUUGUAAAGGUGUACUGAGUUUUGUCGAAAAAUGCAGCCACAUCCUUUGCCUAAUGCACUCAAUGGCUUCGUGUCCUAGAUUCAACACUGCAAGACGGCUAAUAGAAAGGGUUCAAGAAGAAAAUUUCCCAUUGAUACCGGACAAUGGUGGUGCUCUGGCAGUUUGGGCAGAACUUUUAGAAGGUUUAUCGUCUGUUGUUCCUUUAUGCCCGAUUAGUUAUCAACCAUUAAUCCUAGAUACGCUAUUUUCUAUACUAUCUGAUACUAUGAUUAAACCAGGCAUAGACUUCACUAUUUACUGCGUUACUUUUAUAAUUAUAUCUUCGAUUCAAAGGUGGCUUCUUAACAAUAGUCAUAACUUGAGUUUGUGGGAUCGUCAGACCAGCAGUUUUAAACAGUUUUGCGGAAUGACAACCCAUUUUGUUGUUAAAGUCCUGAUCCAUUUAAAAAAUGAAAAUAUGGUAGAAAGGGGGACCAUAAUGUUAAAAAGCUUGAUAUCUUCCAUGGUCGAAUGCGUUACAGUGCCGGUUGAAAGUGUAGCCAGGCUAGGAUGUGCAUGUCUUCGGCAUAUAGUGGUAACCAGCAAUAACGUUCUUUCAAUUGAACAAUGGACUCAUGUAGUAUUUGGAGUAGAAAAGGCAGCAAGUUCUGUGCUGAAACCAUUAAUAACACUCAAUGCUGCUUACAGUCACAAUUCGCACCAAUAUUACGGAGAUUUAGCACACAUUAAAGUUGCAGCUAGGAAGGACUCGACAAUUCAAAGAAACGCACGUCUAAGGCAUUUAGCCCAACAGGUACUGCUUUUAGAAAGCCAACGGAAAGAUUACACUAUGUCUUCGAGUGAUGAUGAAGAUGAAGAUGAAAGAAGCUAUGUACUGCUUAUUUAUGAAGAUGUUAAUUCAAAUGUCACAAAGGAUUGUGUACCAUUAUGUAACCUAUUAGUGGCACUUCUAGCUCAUCAAAUGCUCCUCCAAACCAUCGGAACUAUUCUGCUGCAAGGAACUCAACAUGUAAUUCCAAGCUUAGCGGGUGUUUUACCAAAUUCGACUGAAAAUAGAAUUUUAUUAUCUUUACCUGAAGAAGUGGUUGAGAAACUGCUGUCUUGUUUGGAGCUUUCGUACAACACGGCGGUUGAGUUUGAUUCCCGACCCGGACUGAAAUUUCUCCUCCAGAAGGUCGCUCAGUUGGAAAGAGCGGCGAAUCUGUACAGACAAGCGGGAGCUGCGUGGACAAUAAAUCUGAUAACUCUUUUUGAUCUCUGCAUUCACAAUUAUGGCAUUUCGGAUGAUGCCAAUUACAUGAAAGAAUUCCUGCCGAAGCUGCGCCAAAGCCUGGAACAGCUUUGCGACACGUACGUCGACGUUUUGCUCGAUAAGGACGGAAUGCACUCGGCAGUGGACAACAUAAAUGAAAAGAUUACAUUCAUAAUAGCACAGACGGACGAGUUGCCGGAAACAAGGAUGAGUUCGUUUGAAAAAAGCGAAGAAGACCUGAACGGCACCGAAGAAAGCAAAACUGAUAUUACUGAGGAAGAUGUGGACAUGAAGGAAGAAAUUGAAAUUCCCGAUAAAAUCGAUGUGGAAAAAAGGGACCUUGCAAAUGAAAUAGAAAAACAAAAAAGUGAAAGUAUCUGCAAGGAUCGAGAAGCUCAUAUGGGCGUUUGGGCUGAGAUGUUGGUUUCUGCUCUUGAAUUGCUUUGCCAGCUGGACGAUACUCACCUGAAAACAUUAUUGCCAGCUGUAUUCCCAACGGUCAGAUCUUUGACAGCACAUGCAACACACACGUCUUUGAAACACCAACUGGCCAAACUCUACGACAAACUUGCAGUUAUGUACGGAUUUAUAAAUGACUGAAUCAAAAAAACCUGCACAUAGACGACAAUAUUAUUUUAUGAUUAUUAUUUAUUAAACAAACCAUUAUUAAAACUUUAAAAUUGAAUAAAUGAGAAUAAAUCAGUCUUCUGUCGAAUUUUUGGAAACUUGCAAUAUGCCACAAAUAUGCCAUUCUUUUUCAACCACCAUUAAAACGAAUCAAUUUCACAAAUUUGCAACAAUUACUUUUCACUUUGAUCACAAGUUUAACAAUGAAAAAGUUAAUGCUUAUGUAAAUAGUUAAUGUUAAAGCAUACUGAAUUCCUUUGUAUUGGUAUAUUGUAAGCAGUCACAAUAAAAUAAUGAUACUGACAGCAAACAAUUAUCAGUAAGAAAAACAGGACAAUUUUACUGUUUUAAGCAACCAAUAAUCAAAAGUAAAAUUGUCAAUAUAAUAAUUAAAAAAAUAAUGACCCCAUUAAGCAUAUCGAUGAUCAAAACAGUCUGAUUUUCAAUAAAAGAGUAAACAAUAUUCAAAGGAAUUUGGAUCUAUAUAUGGUGCUUUAUAUUAAAAGAUUUUACUAUUCAAUCACGAUAAUUAUGUUAAUGCAUAUCAUAAGUAGGUGCAGUUUAUCAAUAAUCAAAAAUAUAAUAAAAAUUGUCUAAACUAUAUUUACUAAUUUAUUUUUAAUUUUAAUUUUUGAUUGAGAAUAGUGUAAUUGUAUUUUUUUGUUAACAAAGGCUGUGAUUUAUAUUAACAAGUCAACAUUAGAAUAGUAUGUUUGAAAAGUAAAGUAUACAGAAAAAUUGAUAUUAAGUUGACUUAUGUUGAGCUUCAUGGUAAUAAAAAAAAUAAGAAGAAAGAAAGAAAGAAAGACAAGAAACACGUUGCCUUUACUUUUAUCUAUGUAAUGCUGACAAAUAAUUGGAAACAAUAAUUUACACAAAAAAUAAUUAUAUUUUAUAAAAUUCUUCCAUUUUACAUGAUGAAACUGCACAAAAGAAGUUGUAGAAUACACCGUUUUUAAUUCCACCAAAAUGUAGCGAAACAGAUUAGCAAAAUAGGGAGAGUUUUAUAUUUAUAAAAACAAAA